AAUUUUGUCUCGAAAUAUUUAUUGUUAAUUAAAUUAUACAGUGAGAGAUAUCUACCAACAAACAAAUUAGACAGGCGGACAAGGGCGUAGAGAUUGAAAGUUUUGUUUGAUUGUUGGAGAAACGAUUAAAUGCAAAGUGUUGAAUUUCUAAUGGUUGUUUCAGACUCUCUCUCAUAUAAGUAAAACCCAACUGUGGUUCUGCAAGAUGAGAUUGGUGCAUUGAAGAUGACAAUGAAGGAGGUAAAGAUUCCAUUUUUAACGGUGGUGGUAGUGGCGGCUUUGCUUCCCAUCUGGGUCUUGGCUGCAGCAAAACAACAACACCAAAAAGGAGGUGAGACGAAGAAGCUGAGGUUUGGGUCAGAUGGGCAGUUUAAGAUUCUGCAAGUGGCUGAUAUGCACUAUGGGAAUGGCAAGACCACGACUUGUUUGGACGUGUUGCCGAGCCAGUUUCCAACUUGCUCUGACCUCAACACCACCGCCUUUGUUCACCGCAUGAUUCAAGCUGAGAAGCCCAAUCUCAUUGUUUUCACCGGAGAUAACAUAUUUGGGUUUGAUGCCGCGGAUGCUGCUAAGUCUUUGAAUGAGGCAUAUGCCCCAGCAAUCUCGUCCAACAUCCCAUGGGCAGCUGUUUUGGGGAAUCAUGAUCAGGAAUCCGACCUUUCGAGGGAAGGGGUGAUGAAACACAUAGUUGGGUUGCAGAACACUCUGGCUCAAGUUAAUCCUUUGGACCAAGAUGUUAUUGAUGGUUUUGGCAACUAUAACCUGGAGGUCUCCGGAGUUGAGGGCUCUGGUUUUGAAAACAAAUCGGUUCUUAAUCUCUACUUCCUUGACAGUGGAGAUUACUCCACGGUUCCUUCCAUAGGUGGCUACGGUUGGAUCAAACCCUCGCAGCAAUAUUGGUUCGAACGAACUUCUGCAAAGCUUCGGAAAGCAUACACGAGCAAGCCACAGGCACAGAAAGCACCUGCGCCAGGGCUCACAUUCUUUCACAUACCAUUGCCAGAAUUUGGUAGUUUUGACUCAUCAAACUUUACAGGAGUGAGGCAGGAAGGAAUUAGCUCUGCUUCUGUGAACUCUGGCUUCUUCACAACCAUGGUCGCAGCAGGAGAUGUGAAGGCAGCUUUCAUAGGCCAUGAUCACCUCAAUGACUUCUGUGGGGAGCUAUCUGGUAUAAACCUUUGUUAUGCUGGGGGCUUUGGAUAUCACGCUUAUGGGAAGGCUGGAUGGGAUAGGAGAUCAAGGGUGGUGGUAGCAAGCUUAGAGAAAUCCGAAAAGGGAGGUUGGGGAGCAGUCAAGUCAAUCAAAACUUGGAAACGCCUUGAUGAUCAGCACCUCACUGCUAUCGAUGGUCAGGUUCUCUGGAGCAAGAGCUCUGCAGGUACGCGUAGAAAGAAAACCGUUGGUGGUACUUGAGUAAUGAGCAUAUGCAAGACCGCAUGUAGGGAGAGUUUAUAGGCAAGAAGUAGGCAUGAGAAGUGAAAAGUCUUGUGGGGAAAUUGUCAUACAUAUUGUUGUAAUGUAACAGACAAUAAAUGAAAUUGAUUUACGGAAGGAGAUUAUGUAUUAAGUCAUUGUAUUCUAUGUAACUGCGUUUUGAAUAAUGGCAAAGGAGGAGGCAACUAAGUAUAACUUUUUGAUUGGAA